CCCAAAACCUCCCUUCAUAAACCCUAAACCUCAAAACAUCAGUCAUUUUUCUCCACCACCACCGGCCGUCGUAUCAAAGCCGGCAUGGACGACGAAGCCCCCGGAGCUGCCCAUACAUUCGUGGCGGACGCCGACAUAUGCCAGCAGCUGUUAACUCGCUACGCCCGCUCCUCAGCCGUGCAGCACCGCCACCUAUGUGCCACCGCCGCCGCCACCCGUUCCAUCAUCCAGUCCUCAUCGCUUCCCCUAACCCCACUUUCGUACUUCGCCGCCACGAUCACAUCCCUUUCCGAUUCCAAAGCUCUGGAUUCCAAUGCCCUUGGCGCCCUCACCUCUUUCCUUUCCAUCGUGCUCCCGUUGGUGGGCCGAGGCGAAAUUAAGCCGGAGAAAGCUGGGGAGGCGGUCGGUGUAUUGGUGGCGACGGUUGAAAAGGGUGGGGAUAAGCUGGGUACGUCGGGUGCUAGGGCUGUGGUGAAAUGCGUCGGCGUUUUGGUGGCGGAAUUUUGUGAUUUGGAGGAGUGGGACUCAGUUUCUCCAGGAUUCGAGUGGCUUGUGAAAUUCUCCAUUGAUAAGCGUCCUAAGGUGAGGAAAUGUGCACUAGACUGUCUCUUGACAGUCUUCAAGUCUUUUGAGUCUUCUGCUAUCUCCAAGAGGUCGUGUAAAUCAAUAUACAAGUUGCUCAAAAAGCACAUACCAUUGACUAAUGACAUGCACACAUCAGAAGGUGUUGGUAGAGGCAACUCUAAAGCAACAUCAAAGCCCGAACACCAAGAAUUCCUUCAUUUGCUAAAUUUGAUUAAGCACAUUGCUCCAUAUUUCUCUCCCAAGCUUAGUAAGAAAAUGCUUUCACAGCUGUUGAAGAUAUUGAGUCCGAAGUUCUCAGUUGUUACCAGGCACCUGCUGGAUGUUGUUUCAGCUAUACUUGCAACUUCAGGAGCUAAAGUUACUAGUUCUAAUGCCGAAGAGAUUUUGAGGCCAUUGGUUUCCUACAUAUCUAUGGCAGAGAAGAAUCCAGUUGACAGUGUAUUGUUUGCUGCAAAUUUAGUCAAAACUGCCCUCCAGAAACUUCAUGAUGGCGGUAUCAAUGAGUGGGCAACCUAUAUUCCUUUACUAUCUGAAUCCUUAGCCGGUUUUCUAUCUCCGGAGGAUGAUGCAGCUAUACAGACAUCCAUCAUACUUAGAGAGCUAAUAGACCGACAUAUUGAUGGAAAAAGCUUCUUAACCACUGAAAGUGAAGAAAAAGGGGAUAGGAUAAGUGAUGAUUCAGAGCACAAAGCAAUACAGACUAUAUGUGCGGCGUUCUUCAAUGUGCUGAAUUCUUCGCCUCAAAUUCCAAGUGAACACUUUUUUUCAGUUGUAGCUUGUCUGUUUCUCAAGCUUGGUAUGAUGUCAGACGUUUUUAUGAAGCAUAUACUUCUUAAACUUGGUGAUUUGGUGAAUGCUGCCCCUGCCGGUUCCGGAGAAAUUAGACAUGUUGCCAAUCUUGUCAGUUCUCUCAAAGAGUGCAUUGGGUCUGCUGUUGCUGCCAUGGGACCAGAGAAAAUACUUGCACUGAUUCCAAUUACCGUCACUUCCAAAGAUUUUUCCUGCUCAAAUAUUUGGUUAAUACCAAUUUUAAAGAAAAAUAUUUUUGGAUCAUCGCUUAGGUUCUUUAUGAAGCAUAUUGUACCUCUUGCUAAAUCUUUUGAGAAAGGAUCUCGCAAAGUUAAAAAGUCAGUAAUUCGCGAAGAUCUGCAGGCUUAUGCCCAUAGCUGUUGGGGAUUGUUGCCUGCCUUUUGUCGCCAACCAAGUGAUACUCAUCAGAGUUUUGGAGAUCUAGUCAAACUCUUAAUUCCUUUUUUAAAAAAGGACUCUUUCAAACUUGCGAGUAUUGCAAUUAGUUUGCAGGAGCUUGUAAAUGGAAAUAAAAGUGCGCUUGCCUCUGCUGAGGGGUGUGUGCAGUUGACCAAAGUUCAAAGGGCAGGGGACCUUGAUGAGUCUGCAACAGGUCCAUGGAUAACACAUGUUUAUAGUAGGAAAAUAGCAAAGAAAAAUAUUAAGGCUUUGGCUGCAUGCGCCAAAGAUUUGCUUCGGGCCUUAAUUGAGGCCUUAUUUGAGACUGAGACACCUCCAGAGACACGGGAUCUUCUGAAGGGUGCUAUUGGAUGCUUGCUUUCUGUAUGUGAUGCUUCACUUGCAAAAGAUUUAUUUAUUGCUUCACUCGAGAAGCUUCAGCUCCAAGAUAACUUUGGUGGACUUGGAAAGAUAGAGUCUGAUACUGAUGGUUCAAUUAAAGAAAAUGAGAACGGUGAAAUAGAUGCCAAGAAAUGGUAUCUAAUAUUGGACCUUGCGUCUUGCAUGACUGAAGGGUCAGAUGAAGAUCUAACUAAUCUGCUAUUUUCUCUUAUUAAGCAUACUUUGCAGGCGAGUGAAGAGGUCGGCCAGAUGAAAGCCUAUCAAACUCUCAGCAGAAUUCUUGAGAAACAUUCUUGGUUCUGUGCUUCUCAAUUUGAUGCGGUGAUGGAUGUGUUGACUGGGAUGAAGUCUUCAGAUAAUUUUGCAUUGGUUGAGAGCCGUUUUGCCUGUUUGCAGACCUUGUUAAUUCAUGGGUUAAUGAGAGACUUGGAUGAGGAGAAUACUAAGGCUUUCCUUAUUCUGAAUGAGAUUAUUGUCAAGUUAAAAGAUUCCAAAGAAGAAGGCAGGAAAGUAGCUUACGAUGCUUUACGUGGGUUGAGUUCCAAGUUGCGCAGCUCAUCUGAUGCUUCUUCUAAGGGUCCUUACCACAAACUUCUCACCAUGAUUACAGGUUAUCUUUCUGGUUCCUCUCCUCAAAUAAAGAGUGGAGUGGUGUCGGCCCUCUCGGUUUUAGUUUACAAUGAUCCCGAUAUCUGCAUUACAAUGCCUGAAGUUGUACCAUCUGUUAUGGGGUUGUUACACAGCAAGGCAGUUGAGCUGAUAAAAGCUGCAUUAGGUUUCGUGAAGGUAUUGGUUUCAUGUGUUGAAGCAAAUAAUUUGCAGCCUCUACUAUCGGACAUUGUGGAUGGAAUUAUUCGUUGGUCAUCUGUCUCUCGUCACCAUUUCAAAUCAAAGGUCAGUGUAAUACUGGAGAUCUUGAUGAGGAAGUGUGGUCCUGCGAAAGUGAAGGCACUUGUGCCUGAAAAGUACAGCGAUUUUGUGCAGGGUGUUUAUGUGAAUCGUCAUGGGAAGGUUGCGAGUUCAAAGGAUGCCGGACACAAAGACUCCAAACCAGAGCUUUCUGAUUCGUCUUCCAAGAGGCAGCAGAAGAGAAAACGAGGCGAAUCGGCUGGUGAGGGAAGACCCUGGAAAAGGAAUCGGGAUGAGAAUGAAAAGGGUGGCAAGUCCAUUGCAAGAGGCGAGCCUUCUAAUAAAGGCAACCGACAAAAGGGCAAAUUAGAUAACUUUCGAGGCAAGAAGCACAAAGAUAGGACACCAGUUAAUAAGAAUGGUGAAAAAAGCGUGCCGAGACCAGCCGGAGGUUCCAAAUUUGCCAAGAAGAGAAAUGUAGGAAGAAAGGAUAGAAAACCGGCUGCUCGUAGGAUAAAGCUUUCUUGUUUACGGCCACGGGAGCCGAAUGCAAGUGGAUUUAUCCUCUCACCCAUGGCCGCUGUCAACCACCUGUCCCCAUAUUUCACCGGCCACCGGGAGCCGCAGCGCGCUCCCGCCAAAACCCUCACCCGCUUUAAGGUCUACUGCUCGAAGCCCACAAAUCCAGACCCGUUUGCGGAGAACAAGAAGGCCCAGGUAGACUACGACGCCGGGACCCACAAGCUAUCGACGAAGAUCUCUGGCAUCCGAAAGUCGGACCUCCCAAAACGUCAGCGUUUGAGGGUGGACGGAGACCGGUUUCAGAAGGACUGGAGCAUAUCCGAGGUGGUAGAUAGGAUAACUGAGCUCGACCACUGGGAAGACGUUGACGGCGUUCUCAACCGGUGGGCCGGCCGGUUUGCGCGCAAGAAUUUCCCGGUUUUGAUCAGGGAAAUAACCAAUCGAGGUUUCAUAGAGCAUAGUACCCGAGUUUUCAAUUGGAUGAAGAAUCAGAAAAAUUAUUGUGCAAGAAAUGACAUUUACAAUAUGAUGAUCAGAUUGUAUGCUAGGCAUAACCGCAUUGACCAGGCUCGUGGUCUAUUUUUUGAGAUGCAAAAAUGGAGGUGCAAGCCUGAUGUUGAAACCUAUAAUGCUCUAAUCCAUGCGCACGGGAGAGCUGGACAAUGGCGAUGGGGAGUGAAUAUCAUGGAAGACAUGCUUCGUGCAGCUGUACCUCCAAGUAGAACAACAUAUAACAAUUUGAUCAACGCAUGCGGAUCGAGCGGCAAUUGGAAAGAGGCCUUGAGAGUUGUUAAAAAGAUGACCGAUAAUGGAAUCGGGCCCGAUCUCGUCACUCACAACAUAAUCCUAUCAGCAUACAAAACCGGAUCACAGUACUCGAAAGCAAUCGCGUAUUUCGAUCUCAUGAAGAGCACAAAUAAUGUCCAUCCAGACACCACGACUCUCAAUAUCGUGAUACAUUGCCUAGUUAAGCUCGGCAAAUUCGAGGAAGCCAUUCAAAUUUUUAACUCAAUGAGAGAGAAAAGUUCCGAAUCAUCUCGUCCGGAUAUCGUUACUUACACGAGCAUCAUGCAUAUGUACUCUAUUUGCGGACAAGCCGAAAAUUGCCGUGCGGUUUUCAGCACAAUGCUUGCCGAGGGUCUUAAACCGAACAUCGUCUCGUACAACACUUUGCUCGGUUCAUAUGCUUCACUCGGUCAGAGUGAACAAGCAAUGUCGAUUUUUAUCGAGAUGAAAGAGCGUGGUGGGGUCCACCCGGACGUCGUGACUUACACUUCUUUGCUAAACGCGUUCGGAAGAUCACAACAGCCCGAAAAAGCCCGGGAAAUAUUCGACAUGAUGAGAAAGAACAAUUGCAAGCCGAAUUUGGUUACUUACAAUGCUCUUAUCGACGCAUAUGGAUCGAACGGCUUUCUAGCUCAAGCUGUUGAGCUUCUGCGUGAAAUGGAUGAAGUUGGGAUAGAGCCAAAUGUUGUCUCGAUCAGUACUUUACUGGCCGCGUGUGGACGGUGUUGUGAAAAGGUGAAGAUUGAUUCAGUACUUAAAGCUGCUAACUUGCGAGGGAUAAGAUUGAACACGAUUGCUUACAAUUCUGCUAUUGGGAGUUAUAUGAAUGUCGGGGAAUAUUGUAAAGCUGUAGAUAUUUACAGGAAGAUGAGGGAAAAGAUGAUUAAGCCCGAUUCUGUGACUUUUAAUGUUUUGAUUAGCGGAUGUUGCAAGAUGUCAAGGUUUAGUGAAGCACUCGAUUUUUUGGCUGAGAUGAGGGAUAUGAAGAUUCCUUUGUCGACUGAGGGUCAGCUUGCUGAAGCUGAAUCUUUGUUCAGCACGAUGAAAAUGGAUGGUUUGCAUCCAGAUGUUAUCGCAUAUACAGCAAUGCUGCAUGCUUAUAGUUCUGCAGAGCAAUGGGAGAAAGCUUUUGGAGUUUUUCAAGAGAUGGAGCUAAACAGUGUCCAGCCAGAUUCAGUUGCUUGUUCAGCUCUUAUGAGAGCUUUCAAUCGAGGAUCUCAACCGGGCAAAGUCAUCCUUAUUGCCGAGUUUAUGAGAGAGAAAAAGCUCCCGUUCGAUGAUGCUGUGUUCUUUGAAAUUGUUUCUGCAUGCAGCAUUUUGCGGGAUUGGAAGACUUUGACUGAAGUUAUUCAGACGAUGGAGACUUCUCUUCCUCGUAUAUCAGUUGGAACUUUGAACCAUCUUAUCCAUUGUUUCGGUAAAGUAGGCAAAAUCGACACCAUGAUGAAGUUGUUUCUGAAAGUAGUUGCAUCGGGUGCACAAAUCGACUCGAGUACAUACACAGUUUUGUUAAAGAAUCUUUUAGCCGCUGGGAAUUGGAGAAAAUAUAUCGAGGUCAUGCAAUGGAUGGACGAUGCUGGAAUUCCACCUUCAGUUCACGUCUACAAUAGCUUAUUGUCUUAUGCUCAGACGAGCUGCGGACCUGAAAAUGCUGCGGUUAUAAGAAAGCGUACGGAAUCCUUGAGGAUGAAAUUUGGUGAAACGAUUUCAAGCGCCGAAGAACGCGAUCAAACUCUUGCAACCAAUGCAUUGAUGAGUAGCACCAGCUGAUGAGGUCUCUCCCUCUUU